AUGGAAAAGCCUGAAGAUCUUAUUGAAUAUGAAACAUAUAGCGAUGCAAGCAUUACAUCAAAUCAUGAUUUUCAACAAUCCAAUAUUUCCUCAUGUGAAGAAUCUGAUUAUAGAGACGAAAAAGCCAUUUUAAGCCCCUCACAAACAUCUGAAAACCUUUCCUGUAUGGAUGAAGAACGAAGCACAAAUUUGAAUGAGCCUCCAGCACCGCCAUUAUUUUUGAAAGAAGAAAAGCCAAGAAAUCAGCUUUACAAAUGCAAUUCAGAAAAAAAUGAAGAAGAAAACACCAAGAAGAGCGAUCCACAGAACUUUUUACAGAUAUUGAACAAUUAUUUUUCAAAUAUUUCUUGCUAUAAUUUUCGAAGACCUAUAAAUAGCAAUGAAAUCUCAAAUAUGCUUUCAAAUAUCUGCAUAGAUCAAGAAGAUGCUACAUUGGUGAGUUAUAUUGAUAAGCUAAAGGAUGAUUUCUCCAGAUUAACUUCAGCAGACUCCCUUUAUAAUUUAUUAGUACCUCAGGAGGUCUUGAAAAAUUUAAUAAAGGAAUGCAUUGAAUCUGUCAAAAAAAGAUCAAUUCCCGAUAUACAGAGUCUAUGAACUAGCAUGUGCAUUUAUGAGAAUCAAAGAGUUAUGGACUCUGCCAAUGAAAUUUAUGAUUCUACCAUUAUGGAUUAUACCUCUCAAAAAUUUCCAGUAAGUCAAAAAGAACUCAAAUUAAUUCAUAAAGACGCAAAAAAACUAGCACUUGCGCAUUACUUUUCAAACUCCAUUGGAUAUGACACAAAAAAUUUACUGGAAACUUUAAAUGAAAAAAUACAUGAAAAAUUUGAAAAUCUUAAAAUAGAAAAUGAGCAGUCUUAAACUUAAAAUUAUAGAAAGAGUAGCCAUAAUGUUAGUCCAUUACCAAGAAUGUCCAUUUUUUAAAUUGGAACAAAAAUUCCUGUUCCAAUUUAAAACGGGGUUAUUUUUUUAAAUUAAGAUUAUAUUGAAUUUUGCAUUAAUAAAAAAGAAUUAAAAAAAAUAGAUCGAAUACAAUCUAUUCUAUUUGAAUUUGUUUUAAAGAAUUAAUUUAAAAAAAUAAUCGACUCAAUGUGGUAACUGCUUAAAUAACGUUAUGUUUGCACUUUUUCCUUUAAAUUAUAUCAAAGCUAAUUUUAUAAAAAAUUGGCUUUUACCUAUAAAAUUUUAUUAUUGAAAAAUAAUUAUAUUCCAAUUUAAAGGUUUAAAGUACCCAAAAAAUAGACAUUCUACCUAUAUUAUAUUCCAAUUUAAGAGUGGACAAGAGAUUAAUCCGCUUUUCGAAUUAUCUGAGUUGAAGAUUAACGAUUGAGGUAUUUUUUUUGUCAAGCUAUCUCGAACAACACCUUGCUCCUUUUUCAGCUCCUGAUGCCAUGGACAGCCAUAGUUUCGCUUACUGUAAUCACCUCUUCCUUGCAUUGAGUCUCCUGUUUUGAGCGGGCAAACUAUAGAUUUCGGUGGCCCUCUUUGAUGGAUGGAUAGAAUAGUUUGGUUUUCUCCACAGAAAAUCCCUUCUGGUCAACUAUCGGAAAAGACAAACUUGAAGUCCAUGCUAUAGCUCCUAGCUUCAUGCUUGAGAGUUUAUAAGCUUAGCAGUGGCUUUCCCUUUCCAACUUCAUGCUUUCCCUUUCUCACGAGACAAAAUCAGAAGCGAAUAGGAGACUAUGCUAAGUCAACUACUUCUGGAAUUGCUUAUCUAGCGUGGCUGUCUAUUUUGGGUUGGUAAACCUUCUGUAUAUAAUUAAAUAAGUGUCGAGGCUACAUGGCAGAGACUCCCAUAUUUGAUUAUAAAAAAUGAACAGUCAAGUAAAGCUUUUCUAUCAGCCUUUAUGAAUGAGAAUUUCAAAGUGAUUUCAAACAAGAUGAAAUCAGGGACCAUGGCUUAUAUGGACUUUGAAAGGGAGCUAAGGCAUUUCCAAGAAUUUGUGAGAAGCCAUGGACCUAAUUUAGGAUGCAAAGAAGAAAGCUUGAUGGAAUUUUGCUACAAUGUGACAGCAGCUGCAAGUGAAAGCUUUCUAACUCCCUCUUUGGUUAGCGAUCAAAACCAUUAGAAGAAUCCCUGUUUUUUGGAAAAGUCAACCCUCUCCAUCUGUGAGCAAAAAUUUUUUUUAUUAUAAUUAGAAAUCUCUACAAUGUUUUUAUUUAUAGAAUUUUAAACAGUUAGCAUUCUAAACAUGAAUUUAUAAAUUAAAUUAGAUUAAUAGCUCCCCACCUCUGAUAAUAGUAAAAAAAAUUGCUAGCCAAAGGGGAAAGUAAGACAAAUGAGUCAGGAACUGAAGUUUUAUAGAGAAACUUCAGAAAACUCAAAAGUCUGUGUAAGUUCAGAGAUGUCACAGAUGAAAGAAAUCUAUAACAAAGAAAAAGAAGACCUUUUGAAAAAAAUUGCAUCAUUUGAAAGUGAGAGAAGCAAUUUAGCAGAAAGAGAAAAAAAUCUACACGAGCAGAUUAAAAGUUUGAAAGGAUAUAUUGAAAAAAUCGAACAAGGUAAUAGAGAUUUGGUCAAAAAUAUAAAAUCUGAUGCACAAAAAGAAAUUCAAGAUUCUCUGAAUAAGAUUUCAGAGUAUGAAGACAAAACUAAAGAGCUUGAAAGGCAUAUUUAUCAAAUUGAAUCAGAAAAAGCACAAGAAAUAGCUCUCCUCCAACAAAAAAUAAAUUUCCUUGAAAGCUCUCUAGAAGAAGGCAAUAUUAAAGCUCAAAAAUUGUUGAAUGAAUUGAAAAAUGAGAAGAAAAAUUACAAUCAGGCAAUCAAAGACAUCCAUGUGAAGUAUGAAGAACAAAUUCAAAGCUUCCAAGCUAAAAUUUCACAAGAAAAUGAAAAAUUCAAUGAUUUUGAAGGCACAUUAAAUGACAAAGAAUCUGAAAUAGAGCAGUUGAGGCUAAUAUCAAGCAGAAAUGAGCUUCAGCUCUCAAACUUAUUAAAAGAAAGCAAAGAAGAAAUCCAAGCUCUCAAGCAAAAACUUGACCAAAAGGACCUUUUUUAUAAAAAAGAAUGUGAAAAUGUCCAAAAAUCAAUCGAUAUGGAACUCAAGCAUCUUCGAGAACGAUUGAUUGAAACUGAAGCAAAACUAAAAGAAAAAGACUUGCAGAUAGCUAGCGGCGUAUCGUCCACACAAAAAGAAGUCGCAAUACUCCAACAAAAAUCAGAAUUUCUAGAACAAGAAUUGUUAGAGUCUAAAAGAGUGCUAGAAGAAGAAAGAAGGAUGCAUGAAACCAUGAUGCAAACUUUGAACAGAGUCAGCUGUGAUCUUACACAAGAAGAAAUGCAAAUUGAAAUAGAAAAAAUUAGAAACUCCUAUGAAGACAUGCUGAGAUCUUCUGAAGAAGCUAUUGAACAGCUGAAAGAAGAACUCGGAAACGAAAUUCUUCAGCUAAAAACAGAUAAAAGAGACACUGAAAUGCAAAUGGAAACUAUCAAAAUAUCAUACGAAAACAAAGAAAAAGACUAUAAAGAUGCUAUGGAAGCUCUCAAUUUUGAAAAACAAAAGAACAUUGAGAAGAUAAAAUUAUUGCAAAACGAGGUCACAGCUCUCUCAGAAGACUGUGAAAUUAAGUCAAAAAAGAAAAUCAAAGACUUAGAAGGAAGAAUACAAGAACUAUCGUUGGCACAUAAUAAAGAAAUAUCAGCCUUGAAGCUGGAAAAUGAGCAAAUCUUAAAUCAGCUAAAGAAACUGCAUAGUGAUGAAAAAGCAAUUAUUGAUCAGAGGGUAAAAGAAGAAAAAGAGCGGUUUGAAAAGAAAUACUCAAUUGCUUGUGAAGAGUAUGAAGAUAGGCUUCGGGAAGAGCAAGAAAAGUACGAAGAAGAAAUAAACGCAUUGCAGGAUGAACUGCAAGGCUUCCAAGAAUCCAAGGCCCGAGAAAUCCAACAGGUGCGCCAUAAAGCAGCUUUGGAUGUCCAGAAGCUGGAAACUUUGGAAGUGUAUUUGCAAAGCCUUAAAGACCAAAUAAGCUCAAUGCAAACGUCCCAUGCUCAAGCAAUAGAAAACCAAAUGAUAGCAUUUACCUUACUUACUUAAUUAUCUGGUGUUUAAGGUGUCUAGUGCCGCAGCCCAAAGGGCCUAUGGCAAAACUAGUGACGUAGGCGAGCCAUCUUGGAACAGGUCAGCCCUGCCAAGCCUUCUAUCAACUCCUCCUGCUUCACCAGCCUUGCUGCACGUCUCACCCGGCGCGAUGCCGUCGCUCUUGUCGCUCGACUCAGCUCCUGCGCGUGUUCCGCCUAAGGGUCAUCCUCCCGUGGGGAUGUGCUGAGAGGUAAAAGCCCGAAAUCUUGAGAGGACUGAGGAGCAGUUCCUCUGGUUAUCCCCAGAGUUAAACCGCUAUUGCUGCCCAGAAGUUCUCGAGUGAAAACCUAACCCUAUAAAUAAAAUUCCAUGAGGGAGAGAAAAUUAGCAAAGCUAAUUUCUCUCGAACCGAAUGCCAUUUUAUUUAUGAUAGCAUUUACCAAUGAAAGAAACCUUCUAUUAGAGAAAAUUGAAAAAUUAGUUAAUGAAGUUUCCUUAAAAGAAAGAGAAAUGGCUAGUAUGGAAUUCAAGGCUGAAACUCUACAAAAUAAGUUUGCAAGCCAUGAAAAAGAGCUUGAAGAUGUAAAAGACCAAAUGAGCAAAGAAAGAAUGAAUUUCAUUGAAAGGCUUGAUUGUGCCAAAAAAACUAAUCAUAAGCUCGCUGAUGAAAUAAGCCAAAAGAAAAGUGAGUAUAAAAGAGAAAUCGCCCUCGCAAAUCAGCAUAUUGAAUUCCAAGCUAAAAAAAUUGCUGACUUAGAAAAAGCUAUACAAGAAAACCAAAAAGGAGGAAGCUCUUCAAAGUCGUGGAAGAUGGAGAAUGGACAAGAUGGCUUUGAAAUGAUAGAAAAAUUGAGUGUAGAAAAAGAAAAAGCUUUGAAGAAAAUUGAUAUGAAAAGAAGAACUAUUAAAGAACUGCAAUGCAAAAUAAAUAAACAAACAGCCAUUUACGAAAAAGAAAAAUCACUUUUAGAAGAAAAGGUUGAGCAGCUGACUCAGAAAAAGCAAGAAACUGAAGAAAGAUAUAAUGAAGAAAUAAAAGAUCUCCGAGAGCAGCUUGCCUGCAGAGAUGGAGUUGUGAUCCGCGAUAAAUCAACAAUAUUAAAAGAAAAUGAUGCAUUAAAAACAAAUGUUUCUGACUUAGAGCGAAAAAUAGCUGAGCUGUUGGCAACUGCUGAUCGGGAAAAAACUUUGUGGGAAAAUAAAGUUACCUUUUUGACUUCACAGAGAGAUCAAGCUAGAAACAGCACAAUUGAAUCUCAAAGGAAGUUUGAACUAGCCUUGGAGCAGCUUCAAAAGAGAGGAAAUCGUGAUAAAACAGAUCAGUCUUCUAUACUCUCGUCUGUUGAAGCGAAUUAUAAUCACCAAAUCAAAGAGCUUCAAGAAGCAAACCAAUUGGCAGUCAAUGAUUUAAAUAUUAAAAUAAGGUCGCUUGAAAAAGACCUGAAAAUCAUCAAAGAUGAGCUCGACCAGGAAAGAAGACUAGCAUCCCCUCCUCGCUUAAAUUAGAAUAAAAAAUCCAAUUCAAAUUUAAAGGGGGUUAAUUAUUCAUUUUUUUUCUAUAUAAAAAGUUUAAAAAAAAAUAAGUUGAACUCAAUAUUUAAUUUUAAUUUAUUUUUAUGAAGAAUUCUCUGUUUAAAUAACAUUCUAAUUGCACUUUUUCCAUUAAAUUUAGGCCAAUACAAAUAGAGAUUAAGGUAUCCAAAAAAUGGAAAUUUUAACGAUAUUUUGUUCCAAUUUAAAGGGGGAAAUGGGUAAGGAAUGUAGAUUCAGCAAUGCUAGAAAAUCAAGUGCAAGAGCUCAUAGAAAAUGAAAAACUGCUGAAAGAAGAAAUAGAGGCUUUAAAUAAACAAAAGGAAAAAGAAAUCAAGGAAACAUGUGAAAACCUUAAGCACGAUAAAGAAAUUUUAAGAAGCCAAGUAGCUGAUUUAGAGCAGAGAGCUAAAGAUUUGGAGCAGCAAAAGAAUUCAAUAUACAUUGAAUAUGAGAAGGAAAAAGCAAAAUGGGCACUAGAUAGAGAUCAUUUAAUUUCAGAAAAAAAUGAAAGCCAAGACCUUAUUGAAAGAUUGGAAAAACGAAAAGAAACGCUCGUAAGAGAAGUCGAAAAACUGAGAGCAGAAAGAGGAAGCAGAAGCAGAGCCUCCAGUAUUGCUAGAAGUCGGCCAAGUGUUGUUCCAAAUAAAUCGUAUUUCUCAACAUUCAAUGAAGAUGCUGCAAGUGUUACAAGCGAUAAGAAAACAGAAGAAAAUGCAACAGUUUGUAACACUCCUUCAAGUUCAUCAAAUCAUGAUUAUUCUCCACAACCUUUAAAAGUUAAAAAUUAUACAGUAAAGCCUACAAGUCCUAUCGAGCCUAAGAAGCUAAAUAAUAUUUAA